CUGUAACACCACAUUCGGGAGAAUGUCGUGUGAUUUCUAUCGUAUCAACUUCACUUAUCACUAAGGAACAACAUCUCAACCUGUGAGCGUGACUUUUGGCUUUUUUUGCGACUCGCCCGCUGGCACCGCUUCGCCGAUAUAAGCCGCCGGUGCGUCUUGUUCGAGCUAAUCCUUCCCUGGCACUAUCGACUUGCUCCCUUUGCAUCAUGUCGAACGCGUCUGUACCCCUGGAAAAUCCCAUUAUUAUCGAUGCCAUGCCCCAGUACGGCGGGGCUCUCAUCGGCGCAAUUAUUUCCACAGCAUUAUGGGGUAUCUCCUGUAUGCAAAUGUUUAUGUAUUUUUUGAACUUCGACUCCGAUCGUUGGACCGUCAAGCUCUUUGUUGUCUACCUAUGGAUAGCUGACACGGUGGUGGAGAUUGUUGGAUUUGUAGGCCUAUUCGAAUCGCUUAUCACUCGCUGGGGUUCCAUCGUUGCAUUUGAGAGCGUCGUUUCGGGUUUGGUGAUUCGCACUACUCUAGCACCACUCAUCUCGAUUCCUGUACAAAUGUUCUUUCUCCGUAGGAUUUAUCAAUUUUCUCGUAAUCGGGAGUGGAUCGUGCGCAUUGCUAUGAUAUUUAUGGUGCGUGCAGACUGUUUUUUUGACUUAUACAUGUGGGUACAUGUGCUUAACGGCAUGUAUAAGGCCAUACUGUCCAUUUCGCAGCUUCCUCUGAUGACUGGAGCGUGGACUGCAUGGGUCUUCAACUCAGGAGAAGAUGUUGCAUUGACUCUGGCCUCGCACAGAGUAGUGACCGUCGAAAUCAUAAGUCGGGCUAUCCCCGCCUUUGUCGACAUCUUCAUAGCUCUUUGGAUGACAAUUCUUCUCUGGCGCAGUAAGGAGCGCGCAAGAGUCUUUAGGAGAUCAAAUCGGCUUAUACUGCGCUUAAUAUUGCUGACCAUCAAUGCCGGUAUCUGGACAGCCCUUUUUUCAAUCAUCGAUCUAGGCUUGAUUGCGUGGAACCCCAGUAAACUCAUGAUGGACGCCUUCGAUUUUCCGCUUUCUCCACUCUACUUCAAUAUGCUCCUUGCCAGCCUGAAUGCAAGGCGGUUUCUCAGGAGAGACACAGGGAGCAUCGGGAAAGUAAGGGUCGAGACUCUGGAGUUAGAUACACUACAGCGACCUGCGGGCCUUCAUUUCUCGCGCUCGAGCGACAACCCCGCGCUAAGCGGAGACAAGAAUCCCGUUCUUGCUAUUCGCAUAGACAAAUCUAUGGCUACACACAGAGACCGUGAUAUGGAUAUGGAUCAUGAUACCAAAGUUUAGCUUCCGAGCUGCUAUAGACCAUGAGUGCUGUCGCAACCGAUUCGGGGACUUUGUACGACAAUUCAGCAAUGCAUAAAUACAUUAUAUCAGGCUAGACGCA